AAGACCUGAGACUAAACCUUCACUUAGAGAGGAAGGAUUCGUCAGUGCUAGACUAUUGUUUUUUUGUUUGUUUUUUGGUGCCACAAUGACCAAAAGACUGUCUGCUCUGGUUGUUCUCACUAUAGCUUCUCUGACUCAAACUAAUGAGGUUCCUCAUCAGAUCCCUUUGAAAGUGGUUGAUGUUGGUGGGAAUGUUACUCUGCAUUGUCCACGUUCAAACGAGGCAGGCGACUUCUUCUACUGGCACCGACAGCCGCUUGGACAUAUGCUCCAGAUAGUUGUUUCAUUAGUUUUAGGCAAAGAGAAAUUCAGUGAACAAUUUAACAAUAAUCGCUUUAAAUUUACACCAGGAGAUUCUCAGUACUCUCUUACUAUUAAGGAUAUCAUUAAAGAGGAUGAAGCAACAUAUUUCUGUCAAAGUGGGACUGCUUAUUUUCAGAGCUUUUCUACAGGAAUCUACUUGGCAGUAAACGAUUGUAAAAGUCGAACAGUGACUCAUGUCAGACAAACUCCAGAAUCAACAUCAGUCAAGGAGGGAGACACAGCUAAUCUCCACUGUUCUCUUCUCUCCAGCAGUAGAGAAAACACCAGUGAUAAUCUGUCUGAUUACCAUGUGUACUGGUUCAGAACUGGAUUUGGAGAAUCCCGUCUGAGCUUUAUUUACACUCAGAAGAACAGUGAUAGUAAUAGUAGCCGUGUCUUCCAGCUGUCCAAAACUAUACAGAACUCCUCAGAUACUGGAAUAUAUUACUGUGCUGUGGUCACAUGUGGAAAGAUCCUGUUUGGAGAAGGAACCAAAGUAGAGAUGAGUUCAAAAUUCAAUCCACCUGUUAUUGUACUUAGUGUGCUGUUGGCGUGCUGUGUGACGCUAAUUAUUUCUCUUAUUGUCUACAUAAAACAAAAACGUUUUGGAUAUUUUAAAGGCUCGUCUGGACAACAGAAGACAUUGGGAAACCAACCAAGUGACACAGAUGCUCGUGGAGAUGAAGCCAAUUAUGUAGCUCUUAAUUUUGCCACAAGGAAGACUAAAGGCGUGAAGAAGAGAACAGAAUCACCACCAGAGUGUGUGUACUCAGCUGUGAGAGGAGGUCGUCCCACACUGCGUGAAACGUCUUAGAGCAGGACCUGUGUGUGUGUAGAGCUUGGACACAACAUGCUUACAUGACUGACAACAAAUUAAUAUUGUGCAUUUGUUGGUUUUGAAGCGCUGCAGAUUUUACUACUAAAAUGUUGCAAACCAUGCUUUCUGCAAACUUUUUCUCAUAGAAUUGGAUGAUGGCAUAAAAAAACAACUGUUGUAUAAAAAUUGUUGACAAAAAGAUUUAACAUUGUUCAAUAGUGCACUGUGAAAACAUUGCAUGUUUCUAUCAACAAUAAAGUAUUUCCCAGGCAACCUGCAACAACCUUAUUACAUCAUCCAUCCAUCCAUCCAUCCAUCCACCCCCAGGAGGGUCUCCAUGUGACAUUAGACGUCUUUAUGAUAUUUGAGUUAUUCUCUAAUUAUACUAUAUGAUACUACCCAGUGACCAACCCUCAGGAUUUCUCCAUGUUCACUCGUAUGUUUUGAGAUGAACCCGGUGGUCCAUUUCCUUUGCUCUUCUUCCCCAACUCUGUCGCCAAGCCCUUCAUUGAGCUGCGUAUUUGGAAGAACCCUUCAAACACAAAACAUAGCUCCUGGCCAAGUAAACCUUUUCCCUUUUCACUAUCUGCUCAACCCCAUUCCUCUGCCAACAACUCAAAUGAAAUAGAAGUUUUCAGGUUUUUCUCAAGUCUGAACCCAACAAUUCCAUGAUGAAUCUUUACCUGAACCUCUUUAAUCUUUGGUUAAACUUUAUAUUGAUCUUAAGAAUUUACCAGUUUCACUUUCAGUGUUCAAUGUAAGGAUAAAUCAAUCUUCUUUUCAGUAUCAAUUAAUCUAAAUACUACAUGCUAUCACUUUACAAUUUAACAACUCAUCUUUCAGUUUUAUUUAGACAGAAAAUCACAUUGUGUUGAGAAACUGUAACAGUUAAAAACUAAACCUGCACAUAAAAUCAUUAUCAACCACCAUAUUCAAUUGGUAUUUGAAUAAAGAGCAUUAUAACGCUGAUCAUUAAGGGAUGUUUGAGAAACCCAGGUAGGCUGUAACAAAAUGUAGACAUUGUAUCAGAGGGACAUUAGAGGGAGUGCACACUCUACUUUUCAGCCAAUCACAACAAUUUUCACUCUACAGACUUUGAAGAUAUUGUGAGUAAACCGUCAUUUGGGUAGCAAGGUGUCAGUUCUGCAAAAUGCAUUUUGCCACAAUGAUUAGAAAACUGUCUGCUUUGAUUCUUCUGACUGCAGCAUGUAAGUAUACAGCCUUACAUAAAAUAGUUCAAUAAAUUAAACUAUUAAUAGUAGAGUAGAGUGUCUCAUUACUAAUUUAAAAAAUUCUCUGUUUUUAGCUCUGACUCAAACUAUUGAGGUUCCUCAUCAGAUCCCUUUGAAAGUGGUUGAUGUUGGUGGGAAUGUUACUCUGCAUUGUCCACGUUCAAACGAGGCAGGCGACUUCUUCUACUGGCACCGACAGCCGCUUGGACAUAUGCUCCAGAUAGUUGUUUCAUUAGUUUUAGGCAAAGAGAAAUUCAGUGAACAAUUUAACAACAAUCGCUUUAAAUUUACACCAGGAGAUUCUCAGUACUCUCUUACUAUCAAGGAUAUCAUUAAAGAGGAUGAAGCAACAUAUUUCUGUCAAAGUGGGACUGCUUAUUUUCAGAGCUUUUCUACAGGAAUCUACUUGGCCGUAAAUGAUUGCAAAAGUCGAUCAGUGACUCAUGUCAGACAAACUCCAGAAUCAACAUCAGUCCAGGAGGGAGACACAGCUAAUCUCCACUGUUCUCUUCUCUCCAGCAGUAGAGAAAACACCAGUGAUAAUCUGUCUGAUUACCAUGUGUACUGGUUCAGAACUGGAUUUGGAGAAUCCCAUCUGAGCUUUAUUUACACUCAGAAGAACAGUGAUAGUAAUAGUAGCCGUGUCUUCCAGCUGUCCAAAACUAUACAGACGUCAUCAGAUACUGGAAUAUAUUACUGCGCUGUGGUCACCUGUGGAAAGAUCCUGUUUGGAGAAGGAACCAAAGUAGAGACAAGUAAACGUGUGGAACCUGUUCUCAUUGUCUUGGGUGUGCUGUUGGGUAUUUGUGUGAUUGUGAUUUCAAUUCUUAUAUUCUCCAGAGAUUAAAGGUAAGAUUGUUCUGUUAUUUAUAAACAGUUUUUAGUUUAUUACAAAACCUUUAAUUUAUGCUGGUAGAAUAUCACAAAACAUCUGCUGAAUUCUUUAAGAAUUAG